AUGGCGAAUUCGGGGCUGCAGAUCUUGGGCUUCAUGAUGGCGCUGAUCGGCUGGAUCGGGCUGAUCGCCGCCACCAUCAUGCCUCAGUGGCGGAUGUCGUCUUAUGCCGGGGACAACAUCAUCACGGCCGUGGCCAUCUACCAGGGACUGUGGAUGUCGUGCGCCUCGCAGAGCACCGGGCAGAUCCAGUGCAAGGUGUACGACUCCAUCCUGCAGCUGGACUCUGCUCUUCAGGCCACUCGAGCCCUCAUGGUUGUCUCCAUCGUGGUUGGUAUCUUCGGCAUGGCGGCUUCUUCCAUGGGGAUGAAAUGCACCAAGUGUGGAGGGGAUGACGGUGUGAAGAAGGCACGGAUUGCCAUGGCAGGAGGCUUCGUCUUCAUUCUGGCUGGUCUUGCUGCCCUCGUCGCCUGCUCCUGGUACGGCAAUCAGAUCAUCCGGGAAUUCUACAACCCGCUCACACCCAUCAACACAAAGUACGAGUUUGGUGCGGGGGUCUUCCUGGGCUGGGCCGGCUCCCUCCUGGUCAUUUUGGGAGGCGCUCUGUUGUCCUGCUCGUGUCCUCGCAAAACUACAAGCUACAAGGCUAAAGGCUACCCCAAGAGCGGAGGAGCACGAAGCAAAGCCCCCUCCAGUGGCGGCAAGGAGUACGUCUGACCCCGUGGUUCUGUCACCCAGGUGCUCGCUGGUGGCCUCCUCGUUCUACAGGUGAAGACACUCGGCCGCCAUUUUGUUGCCUUAACAUCGGUUAUUUGGUUCUGGGAAAAGACUCUGUACCUGAUGUGGGUCUGAAGAGUGGCGUGCGCGGGCCGAGCGCAGAGACCACAGCUUUUUGUCCUUGUUGUUUUUUGCAGGUUUAACUUUAUGGGUUGUAAUAAUAAUGGGGGGGGGGGGGGGGGGG